GCUGUAGGGUGGAGCUAGCCUUCCCCUAAGAGCUGCCUGGAGAGCUGUAUUUGCUGCACGUGGAAAUCUCCGUUAUUUUCCAGCACCCAACACUAGCGUAAUGGGAGUAACGGACUUAACCUCAUUUCUCUUUCAGAGCAUUUAGCCUUCAUAUGCCCUUCCCUGCAUGCUUCCCCCAGGCCGUCAAGACUUGGUACGCUCCAACUUCUGAGCCGCUCCCGCAGCCGAGAAGGGGCCGGGAGUUCUGCCUCGCUUCCCGGCGCGGUCGCAGCCCUCAGCCCACUCAGGAUAAUGGCGACAGCUGAGGUACUGAACAUUGGUAAAAAAUUGUAUGAGGGUAAAACAAAAGAAGUCUACGAAUUGUUAGAUAGUCCAGGAAAAGUCCUCCUGCAGUCCAAGGACCAGAUUACAGCAGGAAAUGCAGCUAGAAAAAACCACCUGGAAGGAAAAGCUGCAAUCUCAAAUAAAAUCACCAGUUGUAUUUUUCGGUUAUUACAGGAAGCAGGUAUUAAAACUGCCUUCACCAGAAAAUGUGGGGAGACAGCUUUCAUUGCACCCCAGUGUGAAAUGAUUCCAAUUGAAUGGGUUUGCAGAAGAAUAGCAACUGGUUCUUUUCUCAAAAGAAAUCCUGGUGUCAAGGAAGGAUAUAAGUUUUACCCACCUAAAGUGGAGUUGUUUUUCAAGGAUGAUGCCAAUAAUGACCCACAGUGGUCUGAGGAACAGCUGAUUGCUGCAAAAUUUUGCUUUGCUGGACUUGUUAUAGGCCAGACUGAAGUGGAUAUCAUGAGUCAUGCUACACAGGCUAUAUUUGAAAUACUGGAGAAAUCCUGGUUGCCCCAGAAUUGUACACUGGUUGAUAUGAAGAUUGAAUUUGGUGUUGAUGUAACCACCAAAGAAAUUGUUCUUGCUGAUGUUAUUGACAAUGAUUCCUGGAGACUCUGGCCAUCAGGAGAUCGAAGCCAACAGAAAGACAAACAGUCUUAUCGGGACCUCAAAGAAGUAACUCCUGAAGGGCUCCAAAUGGUAAAGAAAAACUUUGAGUGGGUUGCAGAGAGAGUAGAGUUGCUUUUGAAAUCAGAAAGUCAGUGCAGGGUUGUAGUGUUGAUGGGCUCUACUUCUGAUCUUGGUCACUGUGAAAAAAUCAAGAAGGCCUGUGGAAAUUUUGGCAUUCCAUGUGAACUUCGAGUAACAUCUGCACAUAAAGGACCAGAUGAAACUCUGAGGAUUAAAGCUGAGUAUGAAGGGGAUGGCAUUCCUACUGUAUUUGUGGCAGUGGCAGGCAGAAGUAAUGGUUUGGGACCAGUGAUGUCUGGGAACACUGCAUAUCCAGUUAUCAGCUGUCCUCCCCUCACACCAGACUGGGGAGCUCAGGAUGUGUGGUCUUCUCUUCGACUACCCAGUGGUCUUGGCUGUUCAACCAUACUUUCUCCAGAAGGAUCAGCUCAAUUUGCUGCUCAGAUAUUUGGGUUAAGCAACCAUUUGGUAUGGAGCAAACUGCGAGCAAGCAUUUUGAACACAUGGAUUUCCUUGAAGCAGGCUGACAAGAAAAUCAGAGAAUGUAAUUUAUAAGAAAGAAUGCCAUUGAAUUUUUUAGGGGAAAAACUACAAAUUUCUAAUUUAGCUGAAGGAAAAUCAAGUAAGAUGAAAAGGUAAUUUUAAAUUAGAGAACACAAAUAAAAUGUAUUAGUGAAUAAAUGCUUCUCUAGAGCCAUAUUAAUAAAUAUGAACAUCUAACCCCUCCUUUCUUAGGCUAGACCCCAAGAUAUUUCAGCCAGCCUUUAUCAUUCCUCUUACUUUAUCCUUUUUCCUUAAGUAUUGGUGGUCACUACUAUUGAGUUUCUUCCUUAACACUGAUUAAAUGAUCUUAACUCCCUCAGCUAAAACUGGCAUUACUGACUCCCAGCUAUAUUUCUCCAGACUUGCAUUUUUUUUUUUUUUUUUUUUUUUUUUGAGACAGGGUCUCACUGUCGCCCAGGCUGGAGUGCAGUGGCAUGAUCUCAGUUCACUGCUGCUUUCCCUCCUGGGCUCAAGCAGUUCUCCCACCUCAGCCUCUCGACUAACAGGGACUAUAAUCUUGCAGCACCAUGCUGAGCUAAUUUUAUUUUUUGUAGAGAUGAGCUCUCACUAUGUCACCCAGGUUCGUCUCAAACUCCUGAACCCAAGUAAUUCUCCUAUCUCAGCCUCCCAAAGUGCUAGGGUUACAGACAUGAGCCACUGUGCCUGUCUAGACUUGUACUUUCAACUGUCCAUUUCUCCCUGUCUGUCCCAUGGGCACUCAUAAAAAAACAGAAUGCUCCCAACUUUAUUCAUCUUCCAAGCCUGUAACUCUUGGUAUACUCACUGUUGCAAGUCAGAAGCUUGAUUUCAUCAUUGAUGUUUUUCUCACGUUUCACAUCUCACUCAUCACCAAGUCAUGUUGGUGUUAAUUUCUGAUUAACCCUUGAAUUUACCGUCUUCUCAUCCUCUGUACAAAAGCCUCAAGGGAGGGUCAAAUUCAACAUUAUCCUGAUCUAGACAGCCCCCAUUCUCAAUCCACCCUUUUCCAAGUUGAUUGCCCAAGGACUUGUAACAAUAAACUCUCUUUUGCACCACAGACUUCUUUGAAAAUAUACAUGCUGUUGACCCUCUCUGUAGAAAACCACACACAUAAAACUUACCAACAGAUUUCAUUGGUUCUUGGGUUCUCCCGAAGCCUAUCCAUGGUUUAUAGAUUAAGAAUUGAUGAGGUAGCUGGGCACAGUGGCUCACACCUACGAUCACAGCACUUCGGGAGGCUGAAGCAAGCAGAUCACUUGAGGUCAGGAGUUUGAGACCAGCCUGGCCAACAUGGUGAAACCCUGUCUCUACUAAAAAUACAAAAAUUAGCCAGCCGUGAUGACAGGCACCUGUAAUCCCAGCUACUCGGGAGGCUGAGGCAUGAGAAUUGCUUGAACCCGGGAGGCGGAGGUUGCAGUGAGCCUAGAUCAUGCCACUGCACUCCAACCUGGGCAGCAGAGCAAGACUCUGUCUCAAAAGGGGAAAAAAAAAAUUGCUGAUGUGACCCAUGAAGGGAACUCAUUUUCCUCGUAAUUUUGGACUGCCACACAUUGGUACCUUUAGUUCUCUGAAGGCCCACGUUUUUAUCAUUAAGACCUAUUUGUUAGCUAGUAGAGCUUUAUGUUCACUGUCCAUGAAACCUUCUGUAACCACAGUGACAAGUAGUUCUUUCUCUAUUGAAUUAUUAGGUCCAGAAUAGAAGAUGUCAUUGUACACUUUAUUUCCCUCACACUGUGUUACGCUCUGAUGUGCUAUGCUUAGCUAUCUGUCAGAGAUUAGUAAAUUAUAAAACUCAUGUGUACUACUUAAGUUUAUAUCUUAUGCUAGUUUAUAAGAACAAUUAAAAGGACUUAGAAGAUUAA